AUAUAACAAAAGGUAUGAAAUAGACACACGUCAUCUCGAAUUAAUAAACAAGUUUGUUUAUGUUACAUUAAGUUAUAAUUAAAAUGAGGCACCUUAAAAUAGUUUUUAUAGUGAUAUUAUUUAAUUUAGUGAUAAGUAUUACGUGCCACAAUAAAUAUUCGAAAAAAGCGAAUGAAGAGAACAAUAAUAUAAAUAAAAACGAUGAAGAACACAUUGAUUUACGACCAAUAUCUCUAAAACAUUUAGAUAGGCCGUUUCGUAUGGCGAAAUUGAAUCUUCUUUGGUCCAAAGCCGUAUUAAGAUUAUCAGAAGUGAAAUUGAAAUCCAUAUUUGGAGAAUUAAAACUACACGAUAAAGAAGAAAUAACGUGGAAACACCUUAGAGCCGAAGGAAAGGAUAAAGAUGGCAUAAUGGAAGCUAAAUUGAGGAAAAAAUUGCUGCAAAUCAUGGAAAAUUACGGGCUUUUAGAUCAAGCGGACGAUAUGGAGGAUGUGGAAAAAAUAAAACGCUGGAAACCGCUAAACGAAGCGAGCGACAAACAUAUAAAUAAAAGUUUAUUCAAAGAUAAAAAGUUGAAUAAACUGUGGGAAAAAGCGGAAAGAGCUGGAUUCACCCCGGAGGAACUUCUGGCAUUGAGAGAGGAAUUCAAUCAUCAUCAAGAUAAAAUUGAUCAGUAUUAUGCCUUAUUAAAUGACGUAAAAAGCGUACCACAAGAUUACGAAGGAAAUGCAGUAGAAGAUUCCUUGGAUAAAUUCAAUAAAAUAGAAACAGAAGAAGAAAAAGAACCUAACAAAGAUUACAUAGACAAAGUGAAUUUGAUUAGAGAAAAGCACAAGGAUAUUAACGACGGUUUCGACCACCUACACCUACUUUCUGCCAAAGGUCCUGCUAGCAAGGAAUUCGUCGAACCGAAAGUGCAAGGAUUAUGGAAAAUUGCCGUGGAAAGUAAUUUCACACCCGCCGAACUCCAUUCUUUGAGAACGGAAUUGUUGCACUACGAAAAUCGGUUGUUGAAGUUGAGACAUCUUCAAGUGGAACACGCUUUGCACGAAGAAAAAUACAAGGAGAAAGAGAAAAUGGGGAUCGCGGGAGGGAAGACGGAUAAACAAUCGUUGAUGUCGGAUACUAUAAAGAAACACGCCAGGAAAGUGGAAAAGAUACAUUUGGAUAUCGAAACUAGGAUAAUGCAGAAACAUAUCGAGUUGUAGUUUUGUAGAGGGUGGGGAAAAAUGAUGCCAAAAAGAUAUUUAACUAUUCAAAAGUAACUUUAAAAAAUUGUGUGUUACAAUAAAUGUGUAAUUAGAAA